AUGGUAUCAAUAUUCGGCUGGGGCUCAAGCCCAAAGCCUGAGUCGAUUCAGUCAACACAAGAAAAACCCACACCAGAGCAACCCCAAGCACCGCCAAAAGAACAGGAGCUUCUUCCCCAUCAGACUCCGCGACCUCCGCUCGGGUCCAACACGAACAUCAAACUUCUCUUUGGAGGAAUGACAUUCUUCGCCUUGUCCAUUCUCGUGACACGGCGUGCAUUCAACAAGAAGCGCAUCGCUUGCAUCCCACCUUUUUACACAAGCUCCGUAUACCACCAGCCCCACUCAAACUCUGCGAUGGACGCCUUCGAGGCCCUAAACUUGGCCACCCUCAAUGUGAUUUCAUUUGGCCUGAUGGCUGGUGGAGCAGCUGGAUAUGCUCUGAACAUCAACAACAUUGAUGAUAUGCGGAAGUUCGUGCGAGCUGGCUUGCGGGGCGGCAGUGACACGCCUGUGAAGAGCGACGAGGAGCUCGAAGAAGAGGUGACCGAGUGGGUCUCCAAGGUCCUUGGUGAAAAGUUCGAAAAGCAGUUGGAGAAGGAGAGAAUGAAGAAGGCGUUCCAGCAGGCCAAGGCCGAUGAAGCCGCUAAAUAA